AUGGGAGGACGGCAGCAGAGAGGAGCAGAGCAGCAGAUGGGAGUAGGGCAGCAGAGGGGAGCAGGGCAGCAGAUGGGAGUAGGGCUGCAGAGGGGAGCAGGGCAGCAGAGGGGAGCAGGGCAGCAGAUGGGAGGAGGGCAGCAGAGGGGAGCAGGGCAGCAGAGGGGAGCAGGGCAGCAGAGGGGAGCAGGGCAGCAGAUGGGAGGAGGGCAGCAGAGGGGAGCAGGGCAGCAGAGGGGAGCAGGGCAGCAGAGGGUAGAAGAGCUGCAGAUGAGAGGAGAGCAACAGAGAGGAGGAGAGCAGCAGAGGGGUGGAGGCCAGCAGAGGGGAGGAGGGCAGCAGAUGGGAGGAGGCCUGCAGAGCGGAGCAGGGCAGCAGAGGGGAGGAGGGCAGCAGAUGGGAGGAGUCCUGCUGAGCGGAGCAGGGCAGCAGAGGGGAGGAGGGCAGCAGAGGGGAGGAGAGCAGGAGAUGGGAGAGCAGCAGAGGGGGAUAAACAGGGAGAGGGAAGAGCAACAGCAGAGGGGAGGGGAGCAGCAGAGGGGAGAGGAGAAGCUGAUACUUCCGGAGCAACGUAGGGGACAGCAAGACGUUGCAGAUGUUCCCAUCCACAGAGAACGUGGUUCAACCCCACCUGCUGAAUGGGUGGUUGAAAUCGAGGACUUUGUGGAAGGAUUAGACGAAGAAAGUGAUAGCUGUGAAGAGGAGGAGACUGAGACUUUGGGCGGACAAGACCAAGAGACCAACACAUUGGAUGUGGCUGAAGCCCUGGCUACUGGUAGCGCUGAUCAAACUCAUGAUAAACCAGCGGAGGGAAGCGGGGGCGGUCAAGACAUGGAGGAGGGCUCAUCCGAUGAUGAAUGUAGUUGUGAUGAAUCGGACGCAGACGAAGGUGAAAUAUUGGCAGCUUGCAAGACAUCGCCUCUUGAAUUUGGAGGAUGA